CUUGCAGCCGGCGGCUUUGGCGAGGUGUUCAAGGCCUCAUAUUAUGGCGCCCCUGUCGCCGUCAAGCAGCUCUAUCGAGGCUACAACCAGAAUGAACUCGCCGACUUUGGCCGUGAGAUUGGCAUCUGGCACAGACUCAGUCACCCUCAUGUCCUUCCCCUACUUGGUGCCUGCGACACUACCGCCAAGCCCUUCAUGGUCUCGCCGUUCAUGCCCAAUGGCACCCUCCACAGCCACCUUGCCACCGCACCCAAUCCCCGACCCCUUGGCGAGAAGAUCCGCCUCCUCUACGAAAUCUCCUCUGGCAUGGCCUAUCUCCACGGCAACAACAUUGUCCACGGCGACCUCAAGUCCCUCAAUGUGCUGCUGGAUGAGUCGUAUCAUGCCGUUGUGACUGACUUUGGCAUGGCCAGAACCAAGCACACUUCGGCCACCGCCAACCGAACUCGCCGCGACCAGCCGAUGGGCGGCACCCUUGACUACAUGGCUCCGGAGAUGCUCGAUUAUGAAAAUCCAGUUGGAUCGUCAAAGGCUACUGAUGUCUAUGCCUUUGGCAUCACCAUGUACGAGGUCCUCAACAACUGCAGGCCCAUCUGGGUCACCGCCGACGGUCAGCCAAUGAGGGAGAGAGUGAUUGAGUCUCAGGUCCUCCGAGGCAACCGACCCAAGCAGUUCGACGACAUCCCCGACAGUAUCCGAGCCCUCAUCGAGCGCUGCUGGCACCAAGAUCCCGCCAUGCGACCCAGGUUUCCCGAGAUCCUC